AUGGAGGAAUACACUAAUAAUAAUCACCUGAGCGAAAAUACAGGUCCAAGUCCAAGUCCAAGGCCAAAUUUCUUGUACUCUUCAGGUACUGGUGGUGGCAAUCAUCAUAAUCAUCAUCACCACCAUCACCACCAUCAGUUUCCAAUCAACACCUUUCAUCUCCAAUCGGGUGGAUCAGAUCACUGUUUUCAAUCUGAUCAGGUGGCACCACACCCGUCUGUGAAAACUGAAGCCAGCACUUCACAGCUUCACUCCCCGAUUUUCCACUACCCUUUAAUGAGAGGAACUCUUCACAACACUUCUACCACUAUGCAUCCCCAACAAGGAGGUAGCCCAACAAACUCUAGUGAAGUUGAAGCCAUAAAAGCUAAAAUCAUUGCUCAUCCUCAGUACUCUAAUCUUUUAGAUGCUUACAUGGAUUGCCAAAAGAUAGGAGCUCCACCGGAAGUGGUGGCGCGUAUGGUUGCGGCGAAGCAAGAGUUUGAGGCGCGGCAACGAUCUUCAGUUGGCUCAAGGGAAACUUCAGAAGACCCUGAACUUGACCAAUUCAUGGAAGCUUACUAUGACAUGCUUGUUAAGUAUAGAGAGGAAUUAUCAAGGCCUAUACAAGAGGCAAUGGAUUUCAUGCGAAGGAUAGAAACUCAGCUAAAUAUGCUAUGCAAUGGACCCGUGCGGAUCUUCUCUGAUGAUAAAUGUGAAGGUGUUGGUUCAUCGGAAGAGGAUCAAGACAAUAGUGGAGGAGAAACAGAACUGCCCGAGAUUGAUCCCCGAGCAGAAGACCGUGAACUUAAAAACCACUUGCUGAGGAAAUACAGUGGUUACCUAAGUAGCCUUAAGCAAGAACUUUCCAAGAAAAAAAAGAAAGGGAAACUACCUAAAGAUGCUAGGCAAAAGCUACUUAAUUGGUGGGAAUUACAUUACAAAUGGCCUUAUCCUUCGGAAUCAGAGAAGGUGGCAUUGGCUGAGUCUACUGGUUUGGACCAAAAGCAAAUAAAUAAUUGGUUCAUAAAUCAAAGGAAGAGGCAUUGGAAACCAUCUGAAGACAUGCAAUUCAUGGUGAUGGAUGGCCUGCAUCCACAAAGUGCAACUCUCUACAUGGAUGGUCAUUACAUGGCUGAUGGUCACUACCGUCUAGGGCCAUGA